CGCGCGUGCGCACUGCGCAGCCCUCUCAGGAGCCCGGAGCCGUAAGGGCGGCCGCAGUCUCGCGAUCCUCUAGCGCGCAGCUUUUCUUCUCUUCCUGGGUCCUGCGUGUCCGGCGCCGUACGCUCAGUCCGAGAGGGUGGGCGCAGCACUUGAGUGGCUUGGCCCGCAUCGGGCCGCGUGCUCGGGGAGAGGACUGUGGACUGGAGGGUGGCACACAGCAUGGCGGAAAACCGAGAGCCCCGCGGGGCCGUCGAGGCUGAGCUGGACCCGGUGGAGUAUACCCUUCGGAAGCGGCUCCCCCACCGCCUGCCCCGGAGGCCCAAUGACAUUUAUGUCAACAUGAAGACUGACUUUAAGGCCCAGUUGGCCCGCUGCCAAAAGCUUCUGGACGGAGGGGCUCGGGGUCAGAAUUCAUGCAGUGAGAUCUACAUUCAUGGCUUGGGCCUGGCCAUCAACCGUGCCAUCAACAUUGCCCUACAGCUUCAGGCGGGCAGCUUCGGGUCCUUGCAGGUGGCUGCCAAUACCUCCACCGUGGAGCUUGUCGAUGAGCUGGAGCCAGAGACUGACACACGAGAGCCGCUGACCCGCGUUCGCAACAACUCGGCCAUCCACAUCCGGGUCUUCAGGGUUGCACCCAAGUAAUGGAAAUGACGGUGGCCACCUUAUCCACCCACCCCCACAUAAGUAGGCUCAGAUAUGGCUCUUCUUGUACUGAGUACAGUCAUGGACCUCCUACCAGAGCCACAUAAGAAAAAGCCUGUCCCCUUAUAGCCCAGAGGACUCUGAACUGCGAGGGAGAGUAUUGUCUCUUGUUGGGCCCAAGCAGUGGGUCUUCCCGAGUCUUUGUGGUCUGUAACCAUUGUCCUAGACAAUAAAAACUACCAAGUUGUGUUAGUAUGCGGCCGCGCCACCGCCA